GCGGUUUAUUUAUAUUUUCAUCAGAUAUUAACAAAUAGUUUAUAUCACGCAAAUUAAAAGGAGUCGAUUAAACUUCUUAUAAAUGGCUUCUUCUAAACAUUUUCAUCUUCUCCAGGACUUUCAAAGCUAUAAUCCUGAUACACUUGACCUAAGCCAGGAUGCCGAGGCUAAGGAUUACUGGUUCCAAUGUUUCAACCGGCUAGUGCUGAAAUUCGAACAACAAGCUGCCAAAAGUCAGGGCUCGGAUCCGACAGCUUUCAAUCGUGCUGCCCAGUUUCGCGAACAUUUUGUGAACCAACUCAAAAUACUGCAACAGCAAAAUUCUCAUUCGAAUCCUCUGGCCAUAAGGAACCUGUUGGAACUCAACGAAGCGUCGCUCAGAUUGUACGGAUUUGAUGAUCCUUGGAAAGAACAGAAACGAUUGGAGAACGAAGCGUCCCUAAAGAGAUUGAAAUAUCGGUUGCAACGGAUAGACCUUCUGAAAGAUACAAACGCAAAAUGGAUGGAAAUAAUUAAAGGAGUACUGGCGGGGAAUAUGUUCGACUGGGGCGCACAAGCGGUUUCCCAGAUACUCGAGAGUGAUACUAACUUCGGAUUAGAUGAAGCUAUGGAACGCAUUCAGAAACGUCCUUGGUUAAUCGAUUGUUUAGACGAAUGGCUUCAAAGAAUACAGGGACCACCACAUACUUGUGCAACAAUUUUUACAGACAAUUCAGGGACAGACAUAGUACUAGGAAUUCUACCUCUCGUAAGAGAGCUUCUCAAGAGAAAAACAAAGGUGUUACUUUGUGCCAACACGAAACCAGCGUUGAACGAUAUUACGUAUGGGGAACUAAAACAUUUGGUAAAACAAUGUUGUAUGGAAUGUAAGAUUAUUAGUUACGCAUACAAUACCGGCAUGCUGCAAAUUUUUGGUAAUGAACAAAACGGCCCAUGUCUAGAUUUUCGCCUUAUAACACCAGAUCUCAGUGACGCAAUAUGGGAAAGUGAUUUGUUGAUCAUAGUUGGAAUGGCAAGAGCCCUUCACACUAACUUAAACGCUAAAUUUACAUGCGAAACAUUAAAACUGGCAGUUGUUAAAAAUGAAUGGUUAGCUAGACGCCUUGGUGGUGAAACGUUUUCUGUUAUUUGCAAGUAUGAAAAUAUUUGAUACGAAAUAUUCUAAUAUGUUCGCAGAUUCCAGUAAGAAACACUUAAAUACAUUUUAUUACUACAUCCAA